AUGCACAAGAUCUCCAACUUCACCGGCCAAGCACGCCAUGGUUGGGACAAGAUGACGCCUGCAAUGGGUUUUGGCCGUCCGCACCACCAGGACAUGGCCAUGCCGCCCACAAACAUCAAGCGGAACAUGGCCACCCAGCACAACAUGCAGCCGAACCCCCAGGUUCCCGGCCAUCUUGUCAACUUGUCCUUCAACAUCCCCUUUGCCUCCAACCUCAGUGGCCCGGACCCGGACUCGGUCAUCUACGCCAGCCCUGGAGCUUACGCCCGCUGGACACAUCCUCAGCCGCACAACCCCGAUUCUCCCCCGCCGAACCACGAGCUCCCUGUCCACGCCCGCAAUGUCGACAACCUGCGAUCCUUGUGCAAGGUCAUCACCGAAGCCAGCAACGCUCAGAUCCAUGCCACCGUCACAUCCGCCAGACCCAAGCCUGUCCCCGGCAUGCAGCGAGGUCCGCUCAAUACCCUCGUUACAAACGUCUGUCUGUCUGGCGAUUCCGAUUUGGUCUACAAGAUGCGCGCAAAGAUACUGAACGAGACUCCAAUCACCUUGCGCUCUGCUACCGUCGACGUGGACUCGACCCUUAUCAUGGUCCCCAACACCGAAGGCGUACGUACCGACAUUCUGAGACAUAUGGACGACAUAUCGGACCGCACCAAAGCCGACAUUUUUCUGCUCAACCCUCGUCCUAUGGACGUCGACUCGGCCAGCAUCCACGGUACCAUAGACAGUCUCGUCGAGAACAGAUUACGUCUCAUGAUCUUCGGAGACAUGGAAUGUUGCGAGCAUGCGAAGACCAGGAUUUUGAUCAUGAUCGACCAAAUCCUCAUGCGACAGGUCGACACGAUCAAACUCGAGCUUUCUCUCCACACCCUAAUCUGUGGCCGACACCGCCGUAACAUCAAGCUCAUCGAGUCAGCUACUGGCACUGCCAUAUACUUUCCACCCCUGUUCCCCGGAAUCUUCGGCUAUAGCCCCGCCGGCUCGUAUCCGCGUGCCAGAGACGAGAUCAUCAUCACGGGCGAGAGUCAGGAAAACAUCAUGCAAGCCAAAAGACGCCUGCAAGAUCUGGUUCUAACGACAAAGACGUUUGUCAAGGAUGUAGCCAUCACAACCAGCAAAGUCGACUACAUCCUGCUUGAGCGACUAGACAAGAUUCGCAAGAUUGUUGAGCAGAACGGCUCCUAUGUACUUCUGCCUCCACUGGGCAACCACAGCGGUCUCUUGCGCGUGCAGGCGACUGACAUUCUGAAUGUUGAGCGUACUGUGCGCGACAUCAUGUCUCUGGCUGGCCAAUUUUACAGCGCUUCCUGGUGGCUGACUCAAUUAGACCCCAUGCAAAGGCAGCCCACACCCUCGGAUAUUCGCGCCAUGCUGCCCGACAUCUGCAUCAAUUCUGGCGCCGAGAUCAACUUUGAGAAGCUCAACUUCCACAUCAAUGGAAGCGACGAUUCUGUCAAGGCCGCCAUGACCAUCAUCAACUCGCUGCCCUUUGUCAAGAAGGCUAACUCGACUCUGCGGGUCAAGGUUGAGCUUGCCAACGAACACAAAGAGUUUGUGAGCGGGAAGAAGAAUGGCAAGAUCAACAAGAUCAUGAGUCAGAGCAACGUCCAGAUUGUCUUUGAUGGCUUCAACGAGUACAACUUCUACAUCGACGUGCGCGGUGCCCAAUACGAAGCUACUAAAAACGGCCUCGAUCUGGUCGAGCUGGAGAUGCCCGCUUCCAUUUCCUUUCAUGUUCCGGAUCAAUACCACAAGCGUAUCAUCGGCAUCGGCGGUCAACACAUUCAGCGCAUCAUGAAGAAGUACUCUGUAUUCGUCAAGUUCUCGAAUGCUAUGGACCGAGGUGGUAUCGGCAAAGAUGACGAUGAUGUCAAGGUUGACAAUGUCAUCUGUCGUACUCCUGCAAGAAACGCCGACAACCUUGAGCUUGUCAAACAAGAGAUCAUGGACAUGGUAGAGAAAGUCGACGCCGAGUAUGUUUCCGAGCAAGUCGUCGUCGACAGGCUGUACCACCGCGAGUUGGUCGCUCGCAUGCCCGAGAUCGAGGAGCUCGAGAAAAAAUGGAACUGCAAGAUCACUUUCCCUGGAACAGAGCAAGCAAGCGACGUCAUCACUGUGUCUGGACCCGAGUAUCAAGUACCUCAAGCUGUGGACGAGUUCUUGGGUAUGGUCCCUGAGAGUCAUGAUAUUUCCUUCCCCAGCACGGUCGAGCUUCGCAACUUCCUCGUGUCUGCGGAAUUCCACGAUGAUGUCUUGCAGAAGCUCAAAGACCAGUACGUUGUUGAAGUCAUAGUCCAACAGCCAAAGCUCGAAAGAAUUGGUGAUGAAGACGUUGAAGUGGAGAACCUCCUUCUGACCUACACGCGCAACAACGCUGGUGGCUUGAAGGACGCCAUCGACUUCCUGGUCCUCGGUCUAGUUUCUCACGGCCUGAGCGCGAGCACGGUCAAGGGUGCCAUUCCUCGACCAAAGUCCGACUCUUUCGAGGACUCGAUGCCAUACUUUGACUCUAAGCUUCUGCAGCGCGCGGAACCACCAGUCGUGGCCGAGUCACCUACACGUACUCAUUUUGGCAGUGGAGAAAGUAGCGAAGGACAUCGAUCGAUUUUCGACAGACUUCGCAAGCCGGGCAGUAUGUCAUCUUUCUCUUCUUUCCUUGAGAGACGCAAGAACAGUUCAAACUCUCCUGCAUCUUCGUUGUUCAAGCAUGCUUCGAACAAUGCUUCCAAGGCCUCGCUGCAAAGCAUGGAAUCGCGAGAAUCGGGCUAUCGCAAUCCUUGGAACGACAAUGGCCCUGACGUCGAGUCUGAAACCGCCAACAAUCAGACAAACGGCGGAUGGGCAACUCUGGCUGCGGCAGGCAGCCGACCUGCCACUUCGUCGGCAUCGCUCACGUCGUCGACACCUUACGAAAGCAAAUUUCCCUUUGGCGCCGGACGUAACGGCUCUACAACUUCGCUCAACACCACUUUGAUACCCGGGCUAGGCGGCGAUGUCGCCUCCAGCAAUGCCCACUACCAUACCAACGCCAACCGGUCAGCCUCGAUUUCUGUCGAGAUUGUCAAUGCCAACGGCGGCAAUGUAUCGGCAUCAUCGUCGUCGUCCGCCCAUGGCCCGGUUGGCUCGCGUCCUUCGAGUUCUGCUGCUGCUACUGCACCUGCUUCUGGAUACCCGGCUCCCAUAGGGCCUCCGCAAUGA